GGGGCCAGCGGCCGGGCAGGGGCGCGCGGCGGCGCGGGGCGGGGGCCGCGCUGCACCGCGUUGCAUCGGGUUGCGUGGGGUUGCAUCGCGUUGCGUUGCUUGGCGUUGUUUUGCACCGCGUUUCGUUGCUUUGUAUUGCUUUGCAUUGCUCUGCACCAGCCCCGCAUGCAGCCCGCCCCGCCGCCAUGGUGGAGGAGCAGGCCUGCUGCGCCGUCAGCGUCUCCAGCCCUCCCGAUGCCGCUGGCCCCUGGAGCUGCAGCGGGGUGGUGCUGAGCCGCAGCCCCGGGCUGGUGCUGUGCCAAGGCGCCAUCUUCACCCCUUUCCUGCGGGACGGCCCCGCCGCCUGGGCGCAACCCCGUGCCCUCCUGCCCGACGCCCUCCAACCCCACCUGCACCUCCUUGUCCUGCAGCCCCCGCCAUGGACCCCCACCCCAGCCCUCCGCCUCGACGCCCCGAUGUUAGCAGGUGGCCCGGCCAGCAGCUUGCAGCAGCACAAGGCCCGGCUCCUGGCCCUGGUGCCUUGCGAUGCCUUCCGGCAGGCGCUGAGGCAGGCCUUCGGCUCGGCGGAGCAAUGGCGCUUCGGCGGCGAGGCGGCGGGGGACGACCCGCGGGCACUGCACUGGUUCGCCUGGUUGCGGGUGCCCGGCCUCGACUCCACCGGGGGCGGCUGGACGGCCCGGGUGGGCGCCGGGUGCCUGCGCAAGGGCGAGGGGCUGCUGGCCUGCGGCUCCCCCUUCGGCACCCUCUGCCCCGACCUCUUCCUCAACACCCUGAGCAGGGGGGUGGUGAGUAACCUGGCUGGGGAGGAGAACGCCCUCAUCCUGACCGACGCGCGCUGCCUGCCCGGCACCGAGGGCGGCGGCGCCUUCCUGCCCUCGCCUGCCGGGUCCCGUCUGGUGGCCGUCAUCGCCGCCUCCUUCUGCUGGAAGGGCGCCGAGUGGGUUGGGCUCACGCUGCUCUGCUCCCUUGCCGCCAUCCUGCACAGCAGCGCCAGCGUCCUGGACGAAGCCGGGAUCGCCGUGCCGCCGGCGCUGGGGCGGGUGGCUGCGGUGCAGGCAGGGGUCGGGCAGGACCCCCUUGCCUGGGCGGCGCUGGUGGAGUGUGGGGCGGCGUGGGGCUCCGGGGUGCUGCUGGCCCCCCGGCUGCUCCUCACCUGCCGGCACGUGGUGGAGGCGGGCGGCCCGCUCCGCGUGACACCAGCACCCGGACCCGGCCGGGCUGCCACCAUCCUCAGGGGACGCGUGGUGUUCGCCACCGAGGAGUCGUCCCCCUUUGACGUGGCGGUGGUGGAGCUGGAGGAGAGCGUGCCAGGCUUCGUCCCUCCGCACCUGGCGGACACCUUCCUCUCGGGAGAAGAGGUGAGUGUGGUGGGCUUCGGGGCACUGGGGCGGGCGUGCGGCCCCUCGGUGACGGCGGGGGUCCUUUCGGCUGUGGUGGUGGUGGCCGGGCGCCCCGUCAUGCUGCAGACCACCUGUGCCGUGCACGGGGGCUCCAGCGGUGGCCCCCUCAUCUCCUCCCGCAGCGGACGCCUCCUGGGGAUCGUGGCCAGCAACACUCGAGACACUGGCGUGGGGGCCACCUACCCCCACCUCAACUUCUGUGUCCCCAUCACCGUCCUGCAGCCCCCCAUCGCACGCUACCGCCACACCGGUGACCCCAGCGCCUUCACCACACUCAACCGGGCAGGCGAGGGGGUGCGGGCGGCAUGGCGGCUCCAGCGGCAGCCGGGACCCCCCAGCAAGCUCUGACCCCCAUCCUGGGGGGGCUUGUGCUGGGGGUGGCACUGCCACAUUCCCCCCCCUUUGGCCCCGGCAGGGUCAGGGCCGAGCGCCUGGACCCUGUGGGGCUGGCAGAAGGUGGGGGGUCCUAUCUGUUUGGGGGGGGGGGUGUGGAACGUGGCACGGUGCCUUUGCCAGCUGCUGGCACCCCCAAACAGGGGCAGCGGCUUGUUUUGUUUGAUUUUGUUCUCUCUGGAGCCUUAAACGCUGUGAGUUGA